AUGUCAGACGAAGAGGAAGCAUACUCUGAAGAGGAGGAGGUAGAGGAAGAGGAUGGCGCAGAAGAAGAACAACAAGAGGAGCAAGAGCAAGCAGAGGAGCAAGCUCCCGUUGAAGAGGAAAAGCCAAAGUCAAGGGCUCCUCCUCCUCAAGAAGAAAAGCCCCCUGUAGAAAUGACCGAAGCUGAAGCCGCCAUGCUAGCAGCCAAAAAACGCCAUGAGGAAGAGGAAGCGUUGAAAAUGCUUGACUAUGAACAACGACGCGUAGUUGAAAAGCAGAAAAUGGAGGAAGAGUUGCGUGAGUUAAAGGAGAAGCAGGAAAAAAGACGUGCCGAGCGUGAAGAAGAUGAGAGACAAUUUGCUGAACGCCGUCGUAUGGACGAAGAACGUAGGCGAAAAGAAGAGGAUGAACGAAAAGCAAAAGCUGAUGCAGAGAAGAAUCGCAAAAAUGAGGAAAGAAUGCGCCGCCAGCAGAUGAUGGCUGGUUCAUUCGCGGCUGCUACUGCUGUACCUGGUGGUGGGAGGAACUUCACUGUAACGAAGACCGAUAAGGCUGCACAGUUUGGUAACCUUACCCAGGCCAAGACAAAGGACGUACUCAGCAAAGAACAGCAGGAAGAGGCUAAACGAGCGUUCCUUGCCGCUGUCUGUCGUCCAGUUGAUAUUUCUUCUCUUCUUCCAAAUGACUUGAAAGAUAGAAUUAAGAAUCUUCAUGCCCGAAUCACCAAACUUGAAGCCGAGAAGUAUGACCUGGAAAAGCGUCAUGAGCGACAAGAGUAUGAUGUGAAAGAGCUGAAUGAACGUCAACGACAAGUUGCUCGUAACAAGGCGCUACAAAAAGGUUUAGAUCCUGAGGAGGCUGCCUCUUCACGUCAUCCUCCAAAAGUAACGACUGCAUCAAAAUUCGAUCGACAAACGGAUAGAAGGUCAUACGUUGAUCGUCGUAUUAUGUUCGAACAUCCGGUAGUUCCCAAACCUCGCACUAUUGCCCAUGGAACAGCUCGACCUCCCAGUGAUUGGGGACGAAAAGAAAAUGAGGAACUUGAGCAACUUCGUAAAAACCUUGAACCGCCGAAGUACGUCGAACAAGUUAAAGCUGAAGGAGAAGCUGCUAAGCCACCAGUUGAACCGAAACCGUUGCAGCUUCCGGACAAAGACUUUGAGGAUGAACAGGAUCAAGUGCGCUGA